AUGGCAGCGAAAGAGAAGCACAGUUUAAGUUUCAUCGAAAACUUUGCACUCAGUGGUUUUGCUGCUGUUGUCUCAAAAACAGCAGCUGCGCCUAUUGAACGUGUAAAAUUACUCGUACAAAAUCAAGGUGAAAUGCUUAAACAAGGUACACUCAGUCGUCCGUACAAUGGUGUUAUUGAUUUUAGAUCUCAUGAUGAACUUCUUGACCAAAUACAAAAAUUAGAAAAAUCAAAUUAUUUGUCAUUGAACCUUUUCGCUCAAAUUGAACAAUGGAAAAAAACAACAAUCAACAAAGUUGAAAAAGCAGCAGAAAAGGCACAUUGUGAACUUAUCAAGCUAAUCGAUAAGAAACGAUCAGAAAUAACAGAACAACUUCAAUUAAUUACAAAAGAAAUUCGUUUACGUCUAGCAGAAGAAAUUUUUGUUGAGAAUGAUAUAGACCAGCUUAAACAAGAACUCGAUAAAAUUACACAAAAACUUGAAAAACUCAUUCAAAAAGAUAAAACUCAAAGGAUCAUUGUUGAAAAUAAUCAAAUUGAUUGGAGUCGACUAAUUUACAUUCGAGCAAUCCAAGAUGAACAUGAAAUCCAGGGAAAACAAAUAAACUGUGAGUAUUCUCAACCUAGGUUCUGA